AUGCUUCGACGCUUGUCAGUUUCGGCAAUAGAACCCUUUAAAUUACAUCCUGAUUUCAAAUUCAAGUGUGGGGUGGAAAUACAUACUCAGUUGAAAACCAAGUACAAACUUUUCUCGUUAUCCCCCACAGGGUUCAAUGACAAUUGCAAUACAAAAGUAAGCUACUUUGAUCUUGGACUUCCGGGAACUCAACCCAAGUUGAACCCAGAGGCCUUGCAUCUAGCUCUUAAAGCAUGUGUGGCAUUGAAUAUGAAGAUUCAACCAUUUUCAAAAUUCGAUCGAAAGCAUUACUUCUACCCUGAUCAGCCAUUGGGUUAUCAAGUCACACAGCAUUUUCAUCCCUUGGCAAAUGACGGAGUUUUAGAGUUGAAUGAGUUUGACAAUGCUUCUGGGAAGAUUGAAAUAGAAACAGUACAAUUGGAACAAGACACGGGAAAAAAGUAUGGUGAUAUAAUAGACUAUAAUAGAGCUGGGACUCCAUUGAUUGAAGUUGUCACUAAGCCCGAUUUCAAAGAUAUAAACCAAGUAUAUGCUUUUAUAAAAAAGUACCAGUUAUUAGUGCGUCACCUAAACAUCUGCAGCGGAGAUUUGGAAACUGGAGCUAUACGGGUAGACGUCAAUAUUAGUGUCAACGAUAAUCCAAGAGUUGAAUUGAAAAAUUUGGGUACAACUGGCGACAUAGUAAGUGCUUUAAAGUAUGAAUACACUGAACAGGUGAAACGCCUACGUGCUGGUGAACGGAUAGUGCAGGAAACAAAAUCUUGGGAUGGGUAUGUUACAAAGGCAUCACGAAGCAAAGAGAAUGCAAUUGAUUAUAGGUACGUGCCUGACUCAGAGCUUCCUGGUAUACACUUGAGUCCUGAAAUAGGUGAUGAAAUAAGAGCUUCGAUGCCAGAAUAUCCUGAUCAACUUUUGUCACGUUUAACAUCUGAACCUUACAAUUUGCAAUUAGCGCACGCUAAAAAUUUGCUCAUAGAGCCCGAGAAUUUGCGCUUUUAUGAAACUUUCUUUGACAAGUUAAAUCAUCCAGAUGCAAAUAAAUGGAUGUUUCAGGAGCUCAUUACUGCAUUUGCCAAACUUGAUAAAGAAUUUGAUGUUAAUGUCAUUAGCCCAGAUACCUUGGUUGCAAUCGCCAGAUCCGAGUACUCAUUAGUCUCGAAGAGGCUAAUAUUGAGAUAUAUAGUUGAGAACCACGCCUCCCUAGAAAUGGCAAUCGCCAACUUGAAUUUGGCAUCAGACUCACAAGCUAUCAAUAUUGAUGAAUUGUGUCUGGAAAUUGUCAAGUCGAAUCUGGAUGUGGUAAAGAGAAUACAUGAUGGUCACAAGAAUGCGAUACAAGUUCUCGUUGGUAAAGCAAUAAAGGUUACAAGAGGCAAAGUGCACGCCAAGGUAAUCAAGGACACAUUUGAUAAACUCCUAUAA